UCAGGGAGGUCGGCGCUGGUUAGGGGUUUUAAAGAAUACUAGUUUGCAAACACUCCUCAGAUCCUGCACUAAUUACUCCCUCUGCAGAUUGUGAUUAGUGCGUGAAGCUGCGGCGAUGGGCGGAGCUGGAAGCGCGCACAUUACGCACAUUACGCACAUUACGCACAGCCCUCCGGAGCUCUCUUGAUAUAGGCAGCUCCGUCCUUUCAUCGGAGGUUAUUAUGGCUGAGGACUUUGUGAAGAGAAGAGAAGAGAAAAGAAGAGCACAACUUGGAUUAUUUGAUAUGAACUAUGCGUUUAUCUGCGUUUAUGUGCGUUAAUUUGCGUUAAUGUGGAUUGUUUUUACGCAGCAGCUGUGAUGAGUCUCUGAACUAAGAAGGCGUUGAAACCUGCUGCUACAACAAUGACACAUGCACAGCUUGAGCUUCCAGUACGAGGUUUCCCAGGCCUCUCUGUGGAGAUGACCGACGACUGCUUGUCCAGGGUGCCAUCCGUGCUGAGGACGCACGGUGGUCUGGGUGCCCGGAGGAACUCUUAUGGGCUGCAGAAAAUCACCAUGGACAUCGAUUCUCCUCUGUACAGUGGAGCCCUCUCCAAAGCUUUGUCCUGGUCAGCUGAGAACAUCCUCACACUCCCUGAGUCCAGAGCAGAGGAGGAGAAACCCGAGGACUUUCCACCGUCUCCAUCUCCAGUCUCCAGCCCCGGAACCAGCUCCAACACGCCCGCCAGCAGCCAGGAGCCAGUCCCUAGACCUGGAGCUCAGGACGCCAUCAGCUCGGAGUCUGAAAAUGAACUUCCCAGCAGCAAACAGCACAAGAUCUCUCCUCGCAUCACGUUUGAUAGCCAGUGGGAGCAGGAAGAGAAAGAGGACGUGGAGACCAAAGCUGUGGCAACCUCUCCAGAUGGACGGUACCUCAAAUUCAACAUAGAGAUUGGAAGGGGGUCUUUCAAGACGGUCUAUAAAGGACUGGACACAGAGACAACAGUGGAGGUUGCAUGGUGUGAGCUACAGACCCGUAAGCUGACCAAGGCGGAGCGACAGCGUUUCAGUGAGGAGGUGGACAUGCUGAAGGGCCUGCAGCACCCGAACAUCGUCCGCUUCCACGACUCCUGGAAGUCGUCGGUAAAAGGCCACAAGUGCAUCCUCCUGGUGACUGAACUCAUGACCUCAGGCACGCUCAAAACGUACUUGAAGAGGUUCAAGGAGAUGAAGCUGAAGCUGCUGCAGCGCUGGAGUCGUCAGAUCCUCAAAGGGCUUCACUUCCUGCACACGCGCUCUCCUCCCAUCAUCCACCGGGACCUCAAGUGUGACAACAUCUUCAUCACCGGCCCCAUCGGCUCCGUCAAGAUCGGAGAUCUGGGGCUGGCCACUCUCAAAAGUGCCUCUUUUGCCAAAAGUGUCAUUGGAACACCAGAGUUCAUGGCCCCAGAGAUGUACGAGGAGAAGUACGACGAAGCGGUGGACGUCUACGCCUUUGGAAUGUGCAUCCUGGAGAUGGCCACCUCUGAGUACCCGUACUCCGAGUGCCAAAACGCCGCCCAGAUCUACCGCAAAGUCACCAGUGGAAUGAAACCUGACAGCUUCUACAAGGUCAAAGUCCCGGAGCUCAAGGAGAUCAUCGAGGGCUGCAUUCGUAUGGACAACGAUGAAAGGUACACCAUUCAGGACCUCCUGGAACACCCCUUCUUCCAGGAGAACAAUGGCGUGCACGUGGAGCUGGCGGAGGAGGACGACAUGGUGAAGUCGGGCCUGAAGCUGUGGCUGCGCAUGGAGGACACCAAGAAGCUCCACGGGAAGUACAAGGACAACAACGCCAUCGAGUUCCUCUUUGAGCUCUACAAAGACGUGCCCGAGGAGGUGUCUCAGGAGAUGGUUGUUCUUGGCUUUGUGUGUGAGGCAGACUUCAAGCUCGUGGCCAAGGCCAUACGGGACAGGGUGGCGACCAUCAAGCGGCAGAGGGAGAAGCUGAGGCGGCAGGCGGAGGAGCGGAAGAAGAAGCAGGAGCGAGAAGCUAUAGAAGAAGAAGCAGGGACUCACUCUCCUUUACCUAAAGUCGGAGACCUCGUCGCAAGAGAGUCCCCGACCCCGGCGCUGACCCCUCCGGCCCCCAUCCAGUCCCCCGUCACCAGCUCCGUGGACUCUGGAGUCAGCUCCAGCUACCCUGCAGAGCCAGAGGAGCCCGAGGCAGACCAGCACUUCCACAUCCGCCACAACAGCUUGUCCUCUGCUAACUCUGACUGCGAGACGGACGGCUAUAUGAGCUCCUCUGGGCUUCAGGACCCGCUGGAGGCCGGCAGCUUCAACUCGCCUGCGACCCCUCCCACCACGCACACCGACCCCCCGGUCGCAAACGGUCUCACCAUCCCAGCCCUCCGCUUCCCCUCGAGUAUUGCAGUAUCCAACAACAUAGAGCCGAGCGGCUUCAGCUCUCCUGUGGACAGCUACGCCUCCGAUGUGACGUCAGGCUUGAGUGACGGCUACGAGGGCCUAUCGGAGAAGAGCGAUAAAACGGCUGCGAGGCGGACAGCUGGGAAACUGUUCAGGAGGAGGGCGCGCUCUAGGCUGCGCAUCACAGGGCUCUCUGAUAAAGUGGACCGGGUCGUGGAGUGUCAGCUGCAGACGCACAAUGACAAGAUGGUGACCUUCAAGUUUGACCUGGAUGGAGAUAACCCUGAAGACAUCGCUGCUGUCAUGGUGCACAACGAGUUCAUCCUGCCAUCGGAGAAGGAGGGCUUCAUCCACCGCAUGGGCGACAUCAUCAAACGGGCCGAGGCUCUGAUGGCCAAAGAGCAUCCGCUCCUCUCCAACGGGCACCGGCUCCCCCAGCCCGCUUUCCACAACGGCGUUAACUCGUUGUCUUCCUCACAGCCUAAUCUACACAGUCACACCCUGCCUCGAACACUCUCCUCCUCUUCUCUGCCUGACUUCUGUGUGGCUAACCAGAGCGUAGGGGUAUGUGGCCCCAAUGGAGACGUCUUCAGUGCAGACAUUACUUCACCCGGGCGACCUCUAUUACGCUCGCAGUCUUUCCACAGCGGCCCAGGGUCUCCCCUCCAUUAUCAGCACAACCCUGCGUCUCUCCUGCCGCACCACCAGCACUACCACUUGCCCUACAUGGGCCACAGUCACUUCCCGUUCCCGUACCCCGGCUCUCCGGGUUCCCCCAAGCCAGGCCUCCAUCCUCCCCUCACACGAGUCGCCAGUACCCCGGCCUUCUCCUCUGUUCCCUCCCCAGCCCCCGGCUCCCAAAGUCCUCACAAUGAGACCCCGAGCCCUGUCAGCAGUGAUGGUGUCACCUUGUCCCCAUCUUCCCCUCAGCAUCCCAACAUGUGGCCCCCCCACACGCAGCCCCUGUUUUCCUUAGCGAAUGUCAUCUCCAUGGCCAUGAGCAUGGCCCAGUCUUUCAUCCCUCCUUCGAGCCUGCCCGCCCAGGGGAUGUCCCCCUAUCCAGGCUUCCACCCCCAGCUACCCCCCACUCACAUGACCCAACAGUCCGGUUACCCCUCCAUCUACCCACAACAUUACCAGACCUCGCCAGGAGAGGCCCCUUACGCCUACCACAGCCCUGAGAGUAUGCCUCUAAUGGAUGGUUUUCCUCAAAGCAGUCAUCCAAACUGGCUUCAUACUGUCUCUCCACCUUCUCUGCCUUCCACUCCUCCACCGGUUCCUCAGGAGCCUUUCCAGCAGCCGGUUGGACUCUACAGUCCCCCCACCAGUCCACCCAACCUGAGCCAGGAGGACAGUCUCCACAGUUAUGUGGCCUCAUACUUGGUGCCGGUUCCAGUCCAGGAUGAACCCAAAUCAGAAGUGUCCAGUUCAGAUCUUUCCCCGUCACCCCCAGAGAGCCCAGAAAGCACUUUAUCAUCCUUCAGUGCUCCGUUGCACCCCACUGUACCUGAGAUGAAAACCAGUACCCCCAAACCAAAAGCCUCCUCUACUGAAUCUGAAGUCCAGUCUGCACCAGUCACUGUCGGGCGAUUCCAGGUGACUCCCAGCAUGCACAUCCCUGCGCUCGCUGUUCCAGCACCCGCCGCACCAGAGCCAGCCGACGACGGCAGCACGCCGUCAGAGAGCAGCACCGAGGAGCAGGGCGAGUCUGAGACGAGCCUGGGCACCUCCCUCACCAUGUCGCCUCCUCACCAGCAUCCCCACAGAGGGUCCACCACAGGGGUCCUUCAGGAGGCCGACGGGCAGGUGGGAUGGGCCGGGAGCCAGGAGCAGCAGCAGCAGCAGCAGGACGAGGAGGAAGGGGACGAGGAGGAGGUGGUGGAAGAGGUCGUCGGGGAACGACCGAGGACGAGGAAGAGGAGUCGGAGGAGAGCGUACAGCAUGAGCCUGUUGGGAACGUCUGCGGACAGCGGCCUCUCUGUGACGAAUGCUGAGAUGGAGGGGAGGCUGUGGGACGGGGCGGCAGGCAGCCCGCAGUACAGCAACGCCCUUCACCAUCUAUGGAUGACGACAUACAACCGCAACGCGCCCUACAUGAGCAGCGAUGACUCUGACAGUGAUGACGAGGACAUGAUGGUGGAGCUUCAGGAGCUCAGAGAGAAACAUCUGAAAGAGGUGCAGGCCCUGCAGGCCACCCAGAAGAGAGAGAUUGAAGAGCUGUAUGAGAAGAUGGGGAAGACUCCUCCUCCAGGCAUCGUCUCUCCUGCUGCUAUGCUGUCCAGUCGACAGCGCCGUCUGUCCAAGGGGAGUGGAUUCCCCUCGUCCCGCAGGAACAGCCUGCAGCGCUUGGACAUCUUGCCACUCCAAGGUAUCAUUAGGAGAAACUCCCUUGGAGGCAGCAGUAGCGGCUCCCAGGAUAAACCAAGCAAAGGCGUCACCUUUGCCACUGACAUUAGUAGAAUGUAAGAAACUCUCAGCCAAGCACGCUGUAUAUCUGGACUACCUCAUCUGAAGUGUGACUGCAGUGGUCAAACCCGUCCUGCAGGUGGAUCGCUUUAACACUUUUCACUGGCACACCGAUCAGCAAACUGCUUCCCUCUGCCAGUGGUCAUUUACCUCAACGUAUAUAAAUAUAUAUAUAUAUAUAUAUAUAUAUAAACAUAAACAUCAAUAAAGCUGGAUUUACACAGGAACUGUAAUAUCCCGUUUUCAGCCCUCUGAAAAUCUGAUCUGGUGAAUUUGUUGCAGCUGAAGAACAGAAACACUUCCAAAUCUGGUUCAUGUUAAAAAGCAUUAUUGCUCUCUUGUAAAUAAACUGUCAGACCCAACGGUUCAGAAUGAAACUUCCGUCCAGGCUGACUCUCCGUUUUCUCUGAGCAAAACGUUAAACGCAGUCAAGCGAUGGUACAAAGUGCUGCAGAGUUGUGCGGCACUUUACUACGACUUUGACCCAGAAUGAAGUUCCCGUUUUCCUGCUACACUGCCGUUAAUCAAUCUGAGCACAGUGAUGUGAACCACAGCAACACUUUUACUGACAACCGUCGUACACGCAUGACAACAUUUCGGAUAAUCUCGCAACUUAUUUGCUUAAGUUGAAUGAUGUCUCAGCACCUGCUGACUGCACAGUGACUCUGAUUAUUGCACUGUGCAGUUUGAUUUAUUCAAAUGUGCAUUAUGAACACAUUUAGUUGUAGUACGUCUUUUAGUGACAGGAAGUUCUCUAGACUCAGCCUGGAGAGGUUUGACUGCAGUCCCGACGUUUUUAGAUGUAGCGAAAAUGAGUUUUGUACAGCAGUACAAUAAGGGGAUAUUAUUUCUAUCAACACAUACAUGUGAAGUUGUUAAUGCUUCAGAAAGAAACAGUCGUACAACAGUUAUAAAUGUAGCUUGCUUCAGCAGAAAGAAUCUGUCAAACGUGCAUAAGACAUCAAAUAUUAUAGCUGGUUUCAAAUGACAAAAUGAUUUAUGUGCAUUUAUAAGUUGUGAAAAAUCUAGUUUUUAGACUACUGGCUUUCCUGUUGAUUGUACAUGUGUAUAUAGUAGAGUGCAUUUAUAGAUCAUGUUUACAGGUCAGGAGUAAACUAAACAUGUCAACAACCUUAAUUCUUGCUCAAGCAAUUUAUUGUCGCUUGUUCCAUAGAUCAAGCACCUUGUGCACUUUAGCAACUUCUACUCUUGUUCUCAAUCAUUUUAACACUUUUGUGGAUAAAACUGUGUUCAUUCGAGGAAGAGCGGAUAUGUCUCACGGUAUUUUGUUUCCUAUAAGGGAGGUAGAGAAUAUUCUCCAGUUUAUUUUUGAUCACAGCAACGACGAUCUACCCUCCCCAGUUUCAAAUAAUUAGUGCAUUGUGGGAUAUAUCUAGAGAAAUCAGUCCAAAGCUGUGAAUGUUUAGCUGUUGCCUUAUAAAAUAUUCACAACACACACUGAAUUUUCUGGCAGUGGAACUCCUGUAAGAUUUUCCAAAGUUCAUAAUAUAUUCAAAGAAGUUUCAAAAUUUUGAAUGUAAAUAUAUAAUUGUAUUGCUUUCUGAAGCUGCUGCUGUCCUGCCAUGCUGAAUCUGUGCCUUUCCCUUACAAUGUCUUAUUUUAUAUUUUUACUCUCAAGAUUUGGUGGCUAGAUCAGACUCCUUAUAUCAAAUUUUGACAAAAAUAAAUGCAAUUGUAAAUACCACAGCUCUUUUGUCAUCUUUGCUGCUUCGCUCUGUGUCUUUUUUCCUCACAUGAAUAGAUACACAGAAACAUUGAUUGUGUUUU